CGACCCCGCCGUCCCUGCCCGCAGUCCCCGCUCGCCCCGCGGGUUCGCGAACCCGGGCGCCCUCCCCUGCUGUCAUCCGGGCCCUUCCUAUCUGCCCACGCUAGGGCGUGAAGGAAAGUUCCCGGGGGCCUCCCUCCGGCUCGGCGGGGAACGUCGGCAGCUUUCCUGCCUUGCUGCCCUGCUGGGCGAAGGAUCCUGGCGCCGGUUCCUACCCGCAGCGCGCGUGCGCCGCUUGAAUCUGGAGGACCUCACGGGCGAGCUAGACAGCAGCUGCCAGCCGCAGGGGGUUGGCCAGUUCUAGGGCUAACCUGCCAUGAGGCUGAAGGUUUUCUCCUCGGUGAAAUGAAAGGUGAAGCCAAGAACAGCAUUACUGAUUCACAGAUGGACAAUGUUAAAGUUGUUUAUACAAUUGACAUUCAGAAAUAUAUUCCAUGCUACCGGCUUUUUAGCUUUUAUAAUUCUUCAGGUGAAGUAAAUGAGCACUCACUGAAGAAAAUUCUUUCAAAUGUCAAAAAGACUGUGGUGGGUUGGUAUAAGUUCCGUCGUCACUCGGAUCAGAUAAUGACAUUUAGAGAGCAGUUGCUCCACAGAAACUUACAGAACCAUCUUCAAAGCCCAGAGCUUGUUUUUCUGUUGUUAACACCAAGUAUAGCAACAGAAAGCUGCUCCACUCACUGCCUGGAACACGCCUUAUAUAAGCCUCAAAGGGGGCUUUUUCAUAGGGUACCUUUGGUGGUUACCAAUCUGGGAAUGUCUGAUCAACUUGGUUAUAAAACAGAGUCUGCUUCCUGUACGUCCACUGUCUUUAGCAGAGCUGUGAGGACACACAGUUCUCAGUUUUUUAAUGAAGACGGAUCAUUAAAGGAAGUACAUAAGAUAAAUGAAAUGUAUGCUGCUAUACAAGAAGAAUUAAAGAGUAUAUGCCAAAAAGUUGAACAAAGUGAACGAGAAGUAGAGAAACUAUUGAUGGAUGUAAACCAAUUAAAAGAAGUUAGAAGAAAACAGCAAGCACAGGCUGAAGGAGCAGGAGAGAAGUGUGUCCAAAAAAUUCCCCAGGAGAACAUGCUUCUUUGUCAAGCUUUACGAACGUUUUUCCCAGAGUCUGAAGUUCUUCAUUCUUGUGUUAUUUCUUUGAAAAAUAGACAUAUUUCUCAGAGUGGGUGUAACAUUAACCAUCAUCUUGAUGUAGUGGAUAAACUGACCUUAAUGGUAGAGUACGUUUACAGCCCUGAAGCUAGUCCAGCGCCUGGGGCCCAGCUGAGGAAACGGAAAGCUCUAGACAAACAAGACCAAUGGCCUUUGAAGAAACCACGGCUGCCAGAGACAGAGAGCAGACCUUCUGUGACAGCAUCCUGUAGCAGUCACCAAGACAAGGCUUCCUCAAGCAGCUUUGAGAUAGACACAGAGAUGGGGAGCCCUGAAGAUGCUGACUAUCCUCGCUCUCCCACAUUUUGAUUCUUCUUAGAAGACGUUUUUUGCUAGACUGAGGUUUAGGGAACUUGUUUUAUUUUUCUCUUUGUCUCCUGGAGUAAUACAUAGAAAAGUUCAUGUUUUUACUCUGUUCAGCUGUUUAUAGUACAUGGCUAUUUUUACUGUUCAACUGCUUAUAUAGGUAAGUUGAUAUUUUAUACAAUAUCUUAACAUUCUUGUUUAUACCUCAUGUUAUAAAUGCUAUGUAAUGUGUAUAUAUAUAUAUAUAUAUAUAUAUAUAUGUAUAGCUAAUAAUUACAUAUCCAUAUAUUCUUGUGGUAUGGGAAUUGUGAAUGAGAGGCACUACCACAGAGCUAUAGUCCAAAUGUGUUUGUUUGUUUUUUUUGGGUUUGGCUUGGGGUUUUUUGUGGGUUGAAGGUUGCAUUGCACAGUGUCUCUCUGUGUAGCCCUGGCUGUUCUAAACCUCACAAAUAUCCACCUGCUUCUGCCUCCCAUGCUGAGAUUUAAGGUGUGUGCCAUCAAGAUGGUUUUUAUUUCAAAGCCACAGACCUUUCAGCUCCUCCCACCUCCAAAUUGUUGAGGGAAAGACUUACAUAGAUACAUUGUUUUCAACUAGAAUAUUCUUCAAGUUGGGAAAAGAGAAAUUAGCCUCUUCACAACAUGGAGAGAAGCACAGAUGUUCUAACCAUGGGCCUCCAGAGUGGGUUCAGCUGGGACAGGCAUCUGCUAUCAAGACUGAUAACCUGAGGUGGAUUUCUGAGACUCCCACAGUGAAGGAAGGAGCCAGCUCCCACAGGCUCUUCUGACUCCCAUACUUAUAUUGACCAUGGCAUAUACAUAAAACCCCCAGAAAUAAAUGUAGUAAAAAUUUUAAAGUUUGUAAAAUGUUAUUUUUAUCUAAGUUUCUAAGAUUCUUACUGAAGAGAGAGCCAAACAGGAGUGCUUGAAGCCCGUGCAGAAGAGUGCAGUGUGGUCCCAGCACGCACAACCAGGCAGCUAGCCACCACUGUAACCCCAGCUCUGGGCCCUCCAGAGCAUGCAGGCUUGAAGCCCGUGCAGAAGAGUGCAGUGUGGUCCCAGCACUCACACCAGGCAGCUAGCCACCACUGUAACCCAGCUCUGGGUCCUCCAGAGCAUGCAGGCUUCUUGAAGCCCGUGCAGAAGAGUGCAGUGUAGUCCCAGCACUCACACCAGGCAGCUAGCCACCACUGUAACCCCAGCUUUGAGCCCUCCAGAGCAUGCAGGCUUGAAGCCCAUGCAGAAGAGUGCAGUGUGGUUCCCAGCACUCACACCAGACAGCUAGCCACCACUGUAACCCCAGCUCUGGGCCCUCCAGAGCAUGCAGGUUUGAAGCCCAUGCAGAAGAGUGCAGUGUGGUUCCCAGCAUGCACACCAGGCAGCUAGCCACCACUGUAACCCCAGCUCUGGGCCCUCCAGAGCAUGCAGGCUUGUGCAUGCUCACACACAGAACGACUCUGACUUAAAGUGACGACAACACAUUAAGGUGGGCUUACUGGUGUGCAUUUAUACGCAGUUCUAUUCUUCUACUGGUUCAGGCUAGAUGACUACUUGAGCUCAGGGAAUCUCAGAAACUGUCCUGUGCAUAUGUGUUCAUCUUUUCACCUGUUUUCUGAAGUGUACACAUGGCACCUUCUGUUUCAGUCAGUGGAUGUGAACACUGAGUGCACACUCCACUCUUGGUCUUCCACUUGUUGCUUCCUAGAGAAACUACGUAAGACACAGAUGGCAGUGACACUUUGGUCUGGGUGUUGGUAUGCACUGAUUAUGUGGGGUCUGAAGCCUACCGAGGGGGUGUUUCACUGGUGAUGUAAGUAAACUGGUACUGUGCAGGGCAGGAAAAGGAGAGCCCCAGUUGUCUAUUGAGCCUACUUGCAUCCCAGGCGACUGAAAGCAGAUUGUGUAUGCGCCGUCCUUUUCUGCAAGGACACUAUCUAUUUAAGGUAGGCUGGUCCAGGGAUACUGAGACUGGCCCAGUAUCAAUCCCAGUGUACAUCUCUGCAAAGAGAACCCUCACAUCAGGUACAAUAAAACAUUUAUCC